AUGGCAGCAACACCAAUUGCUACAGCACAGGGAAAAACGAUGACACUUAGUGAGUUACGUGUUUUCGAACUUAAGCAAGAAUUAGAAAAACGUGGACUGGACAAAAGUGGAAUUAAACUAGCACUGGUAGAACGUUUAGAGGAGGCUCUUCGAGAAGAAGGACAUGACCCAAAGAUUUACAAGUUUCUGAUUAAUGAUUAUGGCAAAACUCUGACGAUUCCCUCAAAAGGUUCUUUUAACGAGACAGUGAGGGAAAAUCAGUUCAGCUGUAGUAGUCACAAAACUCUGUCUGAACAUGGAAUUGAAGUCUCCAACGGUCGUCAUGAAAAUGAGCAGCUGGUAGUGAAAAAGGAUGAACCGGAUACUGUCGUCGGCGUGGUUAUCGAGUCUGAAGACAGUGAUGGGGCAGUUGAAAAGACUGUUCACUUGACAACAUCCAAAGAAUCGUCUGAAGAAGUGACGGAGUGCAAAAAAGUGAAACACAGUCAAAUAGAGGAAACUCAUUCCUCAAUCGUGACGCAGGAAGAUCGCAGUAAAAAUGGACUUAUCGAAGAACAAAUGGAAGUAAACGAAGUUGCUGAAGAUGCCUCUAUUGUCAAAGAAGUAGUGGAAACUAAAGAGCCGGACGAAGAAGCAGUUAAAGAAGUUGCAGAUGAAGUGAACUACGAAGAUGAGGAAAUGCCAGAUGCAACUCGAAUCAAUGAAGAGGAAGGCGAAGCAGAGGAGUGCAAAGAAAUUGAAAGCAAAAUGACAGAAAAAGAGGAUGAAAAUAAGACAGCUGGAAAAGUAGAAGUAAAGGCUUCUAAAGAGGAUGAGAAUUUAUUUACGUCGACUGUGGAAACUGUAGCAUCGACACCAAUGGAACGUAUAGAGAGUGCUUCACAUGCAUCAACAUCAGUGCUUAAAAAAUCUGACAAUUCUUUGUGGAUCAAAGGCAUCAGCCCGAACACAAAAGCUGCAGAUUUGAAGGCAUUGUUUGCGAAGUACGGCCGAGUGUUAACCGCUAAAAUUUUUACGAGACGGCAGCAGCCAUCAAAUGCAUGCUUUGGGUUCGUCACUAUGGUCGAUUCUGCUGCAGCCGAUCUUUGUAUUCAAAAACUUCAUAAAACAAAUGUUAAAGGACGUCCGAUUACAGUCGAACGAGCAGACCGUUGCAACAUGCCCAUUGUUAAAUCGAUACCCAAGAAACCGAUAUGUAACGCGACAGGUGAUGUCAAAAGUGGAAAGUCUGCUACCACUUUUGAUACUUGUUCGAAAAGCGGAGAAGAAAAAUUAUCAACCACUAGAGCAGCCGAAAAGUCGAAGAAAGAUACAUCUAACAUUGACAAGUCGAAAAGUAGCACAUCCAGUGGCAGUAAAACAGUCGGCACAACAAGAAGUGAAAAGCAGAAAACAGUGAAAGCAAUGUCGGAAACGAAAAAAUCACCUGUUAAAGCACCGUCUGCAAGCACAACACACUCAAGGUUCUCAACGCUCAGUAGCAGUAAACGUUCUACAGUCACACGUCUACCGUCACGGUUUCGAGCCAGUCGAAGAAUAGAGAGAGCAGAUCGUGUUUCUUCAACAUUACGACGGUCAUAUGUAAUUCGUAAACCUAGUUAUUCGUCAGCUGCUUCAAGAAGGACUUUGGGAAGUAGACCAUUUUCGAGUCGUCUUGGUCGUGGCAAUAUAUUACGCGGUAUGGUUCGCCGUGAAGUUUCUUCACGUCGUGUUGAGCCUCCUUCUUCAUGGGAGAAGCGUGAAAUGAUGGAAAUGUUGCGUAAGAAGGAAGAGGAGCACCGACUUAAAGAGCAAGAGUUAAGACUGCAACGUGAACGUGAACGCCUAAAAUUCGAACGUGAACGGUUUGAACGGGAACGUCUCGAACUGCAACAGUUACGUCAAAUCGCUGCUCUCACGACACCAGUGCAGAUGAUGUCUCCAGGAGCUCCUCCACAACGUCGCUCACAUGAAUAUGGUGAUAUGGAUUCAUCCAGGUACAAAGCAGAAAAGGAACUGAAGCGGAACGAAUAUUCAAGGCGAUCAGGAGAACGAUCGUCAUCACAUCGUGGCGUAACUUCUUCACGUAAUUCUUUACCGGAUCGGCGAGAAGGACACAGUUCAUCGCGACAUGUAAGUAGCACACACUCUUCGUCGCGUGGUACUGCCGAACGAAGUCGUGAACGUAGCCGUGACCGUAACCGGCAUAGUACUCGUGACUACAGUUCUUCGAACGUGGUUCGUGAAAAUGUUCCUAAUUAUGGUCGUGAAAGUCAUUCAUAUUCACGUGGUGGUGACCCCACAGUUUCCAACAAUUACGGACGUGAUUUAUAUCGACCGGAUUCGACCACUUAUAACAGUCAUCGUUCUGGCGACACUGGAUAUGGAAGUCGAGAUCUAGGGACAUAUAGCUCAUCCAGUACUUAUUCCCGUGAUGUAGCACCGUCUUCUUACAGCAAAGAUUCCGGUUAUGGCCCCAGCUCGCGAUCUUUGGGAGGUAGUACUUGGUCAGUUGGAGGUUCAUCUUCGACGUACGUAGGAUCAUCACGCGAUUAUGAUGGCGAUGCAUGGAUUUCGGGCGUAUCGGCGUCUCAAGGCCAUGGGAAUCAUGGCUUGGGAAGCAAUAGUUGGUCAUCAAGAGAUGACCAUUGGUCAGCUGGUGGUAUAGCUGACACGCAUGGACAUGUUUCAACUUAUGAUAAGUAUGAAAAGUACGAUUCUUACGAUAAAUACAACCGCCGUUACUGA